AUGUUUCAGAAACACUUCAGGAUUGUGGCCCUUUUUGGUCUCAUCAGUGUUGUGGUUUUCUUUUUCUUAAACCAGAAAAGUUAUCUAUCGUUUUCCAUCAGUCAUUAUUAUAAGGCAUAUGGAAAUGGCUCUUUUUCCUGGAUGGUCAAAGAACAAGUACCACAUGGGAGGGAAGUGGAGAAUGAGGAUUUAAAAAAGACACUGGUAGGCAAAGCAGCUAAUGAGAAUGAAACCUUUACUGGAAUAGAAGCCUCCUUGAAGACUGACAUCAAAGAGAAGAACCAGACACCAGCACAUGAGAACAAGAUCGGACCAUGUCCUGACACCCCUCCAAAACUUCUGGGUGCUCUUCGGGUGGAGUUUGAUUUUAAACGGACUUUAGAUCAGGUGAGAGAGGCAGUCAGUUCUACGCUUUACAUGGGCGGCAGGUACAAGCCACAAGACUGCAUUGCCCGACAGAAGGUGGCGAUCAUCAUCCCCUUCAGAAACCGUCAUGAGCACCUGAAGCAUUGGCUGUUUUACCUCCAUCCUAUCCUCAAGAGACAGCAGGUGGACUAUGGCGUGUACGUCAUCAACCAGCACGGAGAGGGAGUCUUUAACCGGGCCAAACUGAUGAAUGUAGGCUAUGUUGAAGCACUGAAGGAGUAUGAUUAUGAGUGCUUCGUCUUCUCUGAUGUCGACUUGGUUCCUAUGGAUGACCGUAACCUCUACAGGUGCUUUGAUUCUCCUAGACACCUGGCUGUGGGUAUGGAUAAAUUUAACUUCCAUUUACCCUAUGACACUUACUUUGGUGGGGUUUCUUCAUUGUCUAAGGAGCAGUUCUUGAGAAUCAAUGGCUUCCCCAACACUUACUGGGGCUGGGGUGGUGAAGAUGACGAUAUCUUCAGACGGAUUAACUUCCAUGGAAUGAAAAUAUCUCGGCCUGACUUGACCACAGGGAAGUACAAGAUGAUCAAACAUCGAAGAGAUUUGCACAAUGAGCCUAACCCUAAAAACCCUGAUAAACUACACCAUACUAAAUGGACCAUGAAUAAAGACGGGAUCAAUUCUCUUAAAUACACAGUCAAGGAGGUUGUAAAGGAUAAAAUGUACACAUUUAUCACAGUGGAUAUUUAUGCUCCAGCAUCAUGAAUGAGGACUGAUGUGUUACUGCUAUCAAGUUUUAUUUUUGCAAAAAUUAGUGAGAAUUUUUUUUUAAGUAUUUGUUUUGUGUUACUGUUUAUUAUUGUCAAGGUGUAAAAUAUUAAAGAAAACAAUGAAAUGACCAAACAAAGUUAAUAAAUGUUAAAUAAUAUAAGAAUAAUCAGAGGAAAUAAGUGUUUUAAAAAUAUUUUUUUCUUUACCAUACAAUAAAUUUGAAGGAUUUUUUCCGGUGGAUGCAGGGCCCUACCAGAGUACUCUGGCAAUAGGGGGUCAGGGGGUAGCUAGGGAUUUUGGGCCCCCAAAAAAGAAAAUUACGCAGGGCCCCCAUUAGCUAGCCGGCCAGACAAAAAAAGUGUAAUUUUACAAAUAUUUAUGCACUUUAAUUUACUUUUGAGCUUUAAUUUCCCCUAUUAAUGAGUAAUAUUAGUACUAUGGUUAAAUUUACUUGUGCAGUUUACAUUACUUUGUGUUCAUCUGCCUAUGUAUGAAACUAUAUAUACCAUUUGAACUUGCUAACCCUGCAGUAGAGAACUGAAUACAGUACCAUUUGUUUAUGUACCUCAGACAGUUGCAAACAACUUUCUCCCUUUCUCGGUUCUCUAGCCAUAAUCCUGGGUCAACUGGCAUAAUCAUCCUCCAUCAUCCUCAUCUUGCUCUCUGUCCCUGCUUUCUUUACCUUCAUCACCUUUAUAUUUGCUCUCUGUCCCUGCUUUCAUCUUCUCCAUCAUCCUCAGCCAUUAACUCAACAUUGUGUGUGACAAUUAGGUGUGGGAAACAAUCUGAUCAAUGUGAUGGACUAUGGAUUGUUUCUGAGGUCAACAUUCCCAUGUUUUUAAGUUUUCCUGGGGAU